ACCCCUGUUCUGGAGCCCUCCGCGUCGCUCUCCGUCACCGGAGUUCGGGCCCAAUAUUCCACCCGGACGGCCUUCCACGGGAACCUGAGCAACGACACGGACGAGAUGGAGAUGAUCGAGGAGCCUCCAUUCCCUUGCGUCCUGGGCGAAUUCAAUGACACGGCCUGCUCCGAAUCCAUGGGUUGCAGCUGGGGUGCGACAGAAACAGGAAAAUCUGGCAACGACAAUCUGAUCGACGGCUGGCAGAUUUAUGACACCUGGGAGGAAUGCCAGCAGCGCUGCUGCCAGGAUCAGGACUGCCGCGCUGCGUCUUACGACACUUUUACCAAGGUCUGCGAGAAGCACAUCGAGUACCAAGAUCACACGCUCACGGACUCCAGCACGGGCAUGUAUGCCCCCAUCAGCUCACGUUCGCCGCCGAUGGACGGAUACGCGCUUUUCAAGGGCAAGCUGGAGUGGGAAGGCCUUCAGGUUGCGGCAUAUCCCGGCCAUCGCUCGGUCACGUUCUGCAAGGCGAUGUGCAGUGCGGAUGAGCUUUGCAACUCCUUCAUCUACAACGACGCCUGGGGGUGCUUCUUGAGGACGCAGUGCCUUCUCCCAGAGUCUAUCAAGAUCGAAGAAGCCGACAGCGGCUACAUGACCUACUACAAGGUGGACUCGCCUCACCGGAAGUGCACUGCGCCGGGAGACCUCGACCAAGCAAGCAGGAACCGGAUUCUGAUGCCAGCGGACCAGUUUGGCAGCUCCACCAGCUCAUUUGCUCUUGCCUUUGCCGGAAACCGUCGACGCGGCUACCACCGAAAUUACAACCUCCGAUACUUGACGCGUACCGGCUGGACCGACAACACACCGGUGACACCCGAGGAGAGCGAUGGACGCCUCCUGUCCUACAUGGAGGAGCUCGAACGCCGGCUGUCCGCCAUCGACAGCGCCUGCAACGGCAACUGCAGCAAAACCUGCGAGGACUCCAUGAACGGAACCGUGGAUUCCGAGAAUUCCUCUCAGAUGGAUUCGCCAGAGGACUGCAUGGCAAUCU